UGUUAGCCGUUAGCCGCCUAGCUGUAUUCCCGGACGACAGGAGGAGAAGCCGGGGAAGCGGAGGAGAAAAACUCGGACAGCAGGAGGAGAUGGUCCCGGCGGAGGACGGCAGAGGACCGCGGUGACCGGACAGCGAGCCCGCCGAAGGAAACAGCAGCUUCCCGACAACCAUGAAAUCACUCCUCGCUCGCUCUCGCCUUUAGUGUGUGUGUGUGUGUGUGUGUGUGUGUGUGUGUGUGUGUGAGAGAUCCAGGAUGGGGUUCGGUCGGGAUCUGAGGAACUCCCACGAGGGAUUACUGAAGCUGCAGGACUGGGAGUUAAAGCUGUUGGAGACGGUGAAGCGUUUCAUGACUCUGCGGGUGAAGAGUGAUAAGGAGUACGCUGCUCUGCUGCUCAGCAUGACUCAGCAGACUGAGAAACAGGAAGCAGCCGAUUACGUCAGCACUGUCAGUAAGUCGUGGUCUCAGGUGAUCCGUCAGACGGAGGCGUUGGGUCGAGUGAUGAGGAGUCACGCGGAUGACCUGAACUCGGGUCCCCUGCACCGCCUCGCCACGCUGAUCCGAGACAAACAGCAGGUGAAGAAGAGCUACCAGAGUCUUCAUCAGCAGCUGGAGAGCCACAACCACAAGGUGACCAGGAGCGACCUGGAGAAGUUGAAGGCGACAUAUCGUCAGUUGAGCCGUGACGCAAACAACGCCAAAGAGAAAUACAGAGAGGCUCUGGCUAAAGGCCGGGAGGCGGAGCGUGCACGAGAACGUUACGACAAAGCAACAGCAAAGCUCCACAACCUUCACAACCAGUACGUAUUGGCGUUGUGUGGCGCCCGAACGCAGCAGGACGAACACCGACGCCGUGCGGCACCAGCGCUGCUCGACGCCCUGCAGAGGAUGCAGGAGGACAUGACGCUCGCACUUAGGAGUAUCCUGGAGGAGUACUGUGAGAUCAGCAGUCUGCUGACCGAGGAGAUCGUUAAAGUUCAUCAGGAGAUCUCAGCGGCGGUUCAGCAGAUCGACCCUCUGGCAGAGUACCAACACUUCAUCGACGCCUACAGGUCACCGGAGGCUCCGGAGCCGAGCGUGGAGUUUGACACAUCGCUGUUGGAGGAGACAGAUAACCUGCCGGCCAAUGAGAUCCUGUGGAACACGCUGACGGCCGACAGCCUGCAGGCCAUGUUGUCGUCUGCAACUGAGGAGCUAUCGCUGACUCAGCAGAACCUGAGGACGAAGGAGGCGCUGGCCGACGACCUGGACUCUAAGAUCCAGACGAGUCAGCAGAGCGCCGAGAGGAGGAGCGACUGCGUCCUGCUGCUGAGUCAGAAACUCUCUCUCCUCGAGCUGCGUCACGCUGUCCAAUCGCUGCGCGGCUCCGAGGCCCGCCUCGCCUCCCAGAAGGCCCUGCUUGAUGCCAAGAUGGCCGCCGCCGCCUCCUCCCCUCCCCCACCACCGCCUCCCCCUGCGCUGCCGUAUGAGGACGACGCCCGCUCUGUCGGAUCUACUGAUAAGAUGAAGGAGAGGAGCUCUCGGUUCGACACUCUGCGUCACUCUCUGGCCGGGAUGAUUCGAUCUCCUAAAGCCAUGCUGGGCUCCUCCACCUCGCAGUUCUUUGAUGUGAUCCCGACGUCGGAGCGCCCCCUGGCGGACCAGGAGUGGUAUCACGGCGCCAUCCCUCGCACCGAGGCUCAGGAGUUACUACGGCAACAGGGGGACUUCCUGGUGAGGGAGAGUCAUGGUAAACCGGGGGAGUACGUCCUGUCGGUGUUUUCAGACGAGCAGAGACGGCACUUCAUCAUCCAGUACGCCGACAGUCAGUACCGGUUUGAAGGCACCGGCUUCUCCACCAUCCCUCAGCUCAUCGAGCAUCAUUUCUCCACCAAGCAAGUCAUCACCAAGAAGUCUGGAGUCGUGCUGCUCAACCCCGUCGUCAAGGAUAAGAAGUGGAUCCUGAACCACGAGGAUGUGACGCUGGGAGACCUGCUGGGAAAGGGCAACUUCGGCGAGGUGUUCAAAGGAACGCUGCAGCGCGACAAAACGCCGGUCGCCGUCAAAACCUGUAAAGAAGAUUUACCUCCAGAGCUGAAGAUCCGGUUCCUGUCUGAGGCCAGGAUACUGAAGCAGUACGAUCAUCCGAACAUUGUGAAGCUGAUCGGUGUUUGUACGCAGCGACAGCCGAUCUACAUCGUCAUGGAGCUGGUUCCUGGUGGAGACUUCCUGUCUUUUCUGAGGAAGAAGAAGGACGAGUUGAAGACGAAGCAGCUCGUUCGCUUCGCAGUCGAUGCUGCUGCUGGUAUGGCGUACCUAGAGAGCAAAAACUGCAUCCACAGGGACCUGGCGGCGAGGAACUGUCUGGUGGGGGAGGGCAGUGUGUUGAAGAUCAGUGAUUUUGGGAUGAGUCGUCAGGAAGACGACGGAGUUUAUUCUUCAUCUGGACUGAAACAGAUUCCAAUCAAAUGGACCGCACCUGAGGCCCUCAACUAUGGUCGUUACAGCUCAGAGAGUGACGUGUGGAGUUACGGGAUCCUGUUGUGGGAAACCUUCAGUCUGGGGGUGUGUCCUUAUCCUGGGAUGACCAAUCAGCAGGCCCGAGAGCAGGUGGAGAAAGGUUAUAGGAUGGCAUGUCCUCAGCGUUGCCCUGACGACGUGUACAAAGUGAUGCAGCGUUGUUGGCAGUACAACCCUGAAGACCGACCCAAGUUCUCCGAGCUGCAGCGAGACCUCGCCGCCAUCAAGAAGAAAUGAUGACAUCAUCAGUGACAGGAGGAAAACACAGUCCCAUCAUCAAGACAAGUCACUUUUUAAUCAACGGCGAGUGGGCGUGGUCAGGAGGUGGAGGUGGUUCAGUCUUUUCAGAAUCACAAGAUGUAAAAAACAGUUUUGUAAAAACACUAAAAACGACAGUUGAACUUUGUCCGUUAGCAAAACACUACGUUUAAACUCAGUCUGUUAGCAUUUAGCAUUUAGCUGAUGUCUGAACACACAUUAAACUAGUCAGGUGGUGAUGCCGAGAGGUUAGUAUGGAUGUAGCUAGCUGUUUUAGCACGUUAAACACGCUAAAAUCAGACCUGAGUCUUGAUGGAUUUGAUGAUCAGCUGAUCAGAAUCAUUAAGUUUAGCCUGGAGCUAAUGGAGCUAACAGCUUAGCAUGAAUGUAGCUACACAGGAAGAUGUUUUCUGAUGAUACUGAAUUCAGUUUGAAUCUAGAUUAUCUAG